GAUGACUACAUGGACGACAAGAACUGUGACGGCAACGACGCCGAGGGCGUCUGGAGCCAGGAUAUCGAGCAGUCGUUCCACGAGGCGCUGGCUAUCUACCCGCCAUGCGGCCGCCGCAAGAUCAUCCUCAGCGAUGAGGGCAAGAUGUACGGGCGCAAUGAGCUGAUCGCGCGCUACAUCAAGCUGCGCACGGGCAAGUGUCGCACGCGGAAACAGGUCAGCUCGCACAUCCAGGUGCUGGCGCGACGGAAGCUGCGCGAGCUGCAGACCAAGAUGAAGCAAAACUCGUCGCCGCUGAUGUCACUGCAGGAGCACCACGCCAAGGAGAAGGCGCUGCACUCGGUGGCGGCCAUGACGUCGGCGCAGAUCGUGUCCGCCUCCAACAUGCAGCACAAGAGCCUGUCCAGCUUCGGCCUGCCGGCCUCCAACUACGCCGGUCCGGGCGGCGUCGGCGGCUUCUGGCAGGCGGGCCUGCAGGUCGGCAUGUCGCAGGACGUGAAGCCGUUCGGCCAGCACCCGUACGGCAUGCCGGCCAAGCCGGCGGCCAGCGCGGCCGACAUGUCGCUGCUGGGCCAGCCGCCGGCGCCGGCGCCUGCCUGGGAGGGGCGCAGCAUCGCCACGCAGAAGCUGCGCCUGGUGGAGUACUCGGCCUUCAUGGAGGUGGCGCCGCAGACGCGGGAGCACCAGGCCGCCGCCGACGUGUACAACAAGCAUCUGUUCGUGCACAUCGGCGGCCCGGGCUCGUACGAUCCGCUGGAGGCCAUAGGCAUCACGCAGAUCUACGAUAAGUUCCCCGACAAGAAGGGCGGCCUGCGCGAGCUCUACGACAAGGGUCCGGCCAACGCCUUCUUCCUGGUCAAGUUCUGGGCUGACCUCAACACCAGUGUGCAGGACGCCAGCGGCGCCUUCUACGGUGUCACCAGCCAGUACGAGUCGCCCGAGAACAUGACCAUCACCUGCUCCACCAAGGUCUGCUCCUUCGGCAAGCAGGUGGUGGAGAAGGUGGAGACCGAGUACGCCAGGUUCGAGAACGGUCGCUUCUUCUACCGCAUCAACCGGUCGCCCAUGUGCGAGUACAUGGUCAACUUCAUUCACAAGCUCAAGCACCUGCCCGAGAAGUACAUGAUGAACAGCGUGCUGGAGAACUUCACCAUUCUGCAGGUGGUGACGAAUCGCGACACCCAGGAGACGCUGCUCUGCAUCGCGUUCGUGUUCGAGGUGUCCACCUCCGAGCACGGCGCCCAGCACCACAUAUACCGCCUGGUGAAGGACUGAUCAGCCACCGCAUCCGCCAUCGUCCAUCGCCUGGGCACGAGCGGCGCCCAGCGCAGCAUCUGUCCUCGCCUGUGAUCCGGUCCGGCUCGCGCCCCGGCCCGGCCCGGUCCGCUGGAGCCGCGCGAGGCCGCCGGCGCCGGCGACGCCG